AACUAAUGGCUAGAGGGGCCCAGACUUAUCCUCCCGGCCCUCACUUCCGCCGGAAGUAACCUACAGACGCAAUUGCCCUUUCCUUGUUGCACGCGCGGGCACUUGGUACCCGGUACCCGGUAUUCGGGGCGCGAGUACGACCACAAUGGCGGCCACCACCCUGCUGCGCGCGCCUCUCUUCAGCGGUCUCGGCGCCGGCCCCACCCCAGUACUGCAGGGUCUCUUGCGGCCGCUGAAGGCCCCGGCACUCUCCCACUUGUGUCGCGGCCUGGCCGUGGAGGCCAAGAAGACCUAUGUGCGCGACAAGCCCCAUGUGAACGUGGGUACCAUCGGCCAUGUGGACCAUGGCAAGACCACACUGACCGCAGCCAUCACGAAAAUUUUAGCCGAGGGAGGUGGAGCCAAGUUUAAGAAAUACGAGGAGAUUGACAAUGCCCCAGAGGAGCGGGCCCGUGGUAUCACAAUCAAUGCGGCCCAUGUGGAGUAUAGCACUGCUGCCCGCCACUAUGCCCACACAGACUGCCCGGGUCAUGCCGAUUACGUUAAGAAUAUGAUCACAGGUACCGCACCCCUCGACGGUUGCAUCCUGGUGGUGGCAGCCAAUGAUGGCCCCAUGCCCCAGACCCGAGAGCACUUACUACUGGCCAAACAGAUUGGAGUAGAGCAUGUUGUGGUGUAUGUGAACAAGGCAGAUGCUGUCCAGGACUCUGAGAUGGUGGAGCUAGUAGAGCUGGAGAUCCGGGAACUGCUCACUGAGUUUGGCUACAAAGGGGAGGAGACCCCUGUCAUCAUAGGCUCUGCCCUCUGUGCCCUUGAGCAACGUGACCCUGAGCUAGGCGUGAAGUCUGUGCAGAAGCUGCUGGAUGCUGUGGACACUUACAUCCCAGUGCCCACCCGGGACCUGGAGAAGCCUUUCCUGCUGCCUAUAGAGUCAGUUUACUCUAUUCCUGGCCGGGGCACAGUGGUGACAGGUACACUAGAGCGUGGCAUUUUGAAGAAGGGAGAUGAGUGUGAGUUCCUGGGACAUAGCAAGAACAUUCGCACUGUGGUAACAGGCAUUGAGAUGUUCCACAAGAGCCUGGAGAGGGCAGAGGCAGGUGACAACCUCGGGGCCCUGGUCCGAGGCUUGAAGCGGGAGGACUUGAGGCGAGGCCUGGUCAUGGCCAAGCCAGGUUCCAUCCAACCCAACCAGAAGGUGGAGGCACAGGUUUACAUCCUCAGCAAGGAGGAGGGUGGCCGCCACAAGCCCUUCGUAUCCCACUUCAUGCCUGUCAUGUUUUCCCUGACUUGGGACAUGGCCUGUCGUGUCAUCUUGCCUCCAGGGAAGGAGCUCGCCAUGCCUGGGGAGGAUCUGAAGCUCAGCCUAAUCUUACGGCAGCCAAUGAUCUUAGAAAAAGGCCAGCGUUUCACCCUGCGAGAUGGCAACCGGACCAUCGGCACCGGUCUUGUCACUGACACGCCAGCCAUGACUGAGGAGGACAAGAACAUCAAGUGGAGUUGAGUCUGGACCUCUGCUCAGGCUCUCGCGUUCAAAGCUGCACUGGUCCGUGUUCUCUCCUGGUGCGCCCCUUCCCAGGGCACAGGCUGCAACCCAGCAGAGUGCAGCCAGACUGAGACUUUCCCUGGGCAGACGGGGCCAUGUGGCCUGCCAGGUGAGGUAGGUCAAUAAACUGUUCUGUGAAUAGUAAGCUAGCCUGUGUCCCGUGUCCUUUUGGAAGUUGGAGAGGAUGGGGGAGUAUAAAAAUGGAGCUGAAGCCCAGGACAGAUGAGCUUGUGAGAUAUCCCUGAGCUUGCCUCUGUGGUACAGGCUGGAAAAGCUCUGGUCCUAAAGCUGUCAGCACUGCUGUAACACUUGAGAAAGGCACAGAAGCCAAAGGAGAAAGCCAGUUUAGUGAGCUUUCUGUGAUUGCCUAGCAAAACGCUACAGGAGGAUACUGCUGGAUAUUAGUUGGGGUCAGCAUGGGCUCAGCUCAGGUGCCAAACCCACCUCAUUUCCUUUGAGUAGUUACUAGGCUGUUAACGUCUAGCUAAGAGCCUUGUUUAAGCUCUGUGAUACUGGGGACUAUAUCUUCCCCGUGAACCAGCACAUAAAGAGGUACUUGACAAAUACAUAAUAUGUGUGCUUGAUGGGUAAUCACUGCUGUGUCACCAAUUCCAGACGCAGGAGCGAGAAGUUACAUAAUGAAGGUUUCAUUUUCAGCAUUUACUGAGACUUAAAAUUAAGAAAAAGGCUGUUUAUCAAAUAUGCAGGGAGUGAAAUGCUGACUUUUAAAAACUUGAAAUGACUGGCGAGGAUGCUUACCCCAAAUGAAAAGUAACAUUCAGCAGGAUUAACGGACACCCCUUUCACUCUUGGAUCCUGACAGAGGAGUAUAUUUGGGACAGACAACCCACUGAUGAGCAGCUCAGAGACACGAGGCUCUUGGGCCUAACCAGAGGGCCAUCUUGAGAAACUCAGAAAUCUGACCUGUGACCCCAGAGCAGAGACAAACAGAGAAGCAGGUUUGGCUUGAGGGAAGGACAUAAGAACAACUUCACAAAAAAGUACUAACAAUAGAGUCGAUUUAGUUCUACCCUCCUCAGUGUCCAAGGGGAGGCCAAAAGGUCUCACAGGGAGUUACCUGACUGGAUGAAGUCUAAGUUCCCUUCCAACUUUGAGAUUUCUGCUCUCAGGAAUAAGAUGAUAAAUUAUAACCUGCAGUCCUUCCAUAAAGCAUCAAAAGUAACACCUGCAAUUACAUCUCUCAUGGUAUUAAAGAUCUAUCUCUCCAUCUGCACCUGAAACAUCCUGCACCUAGCUGAAAGCUGCCCUGCUCCUGCUCCAUCACUACCCCUCAACCCCAACUGACAUCCCCCAAGAGGGCUCUUUCCCUUGAGACCCCAAACCACCCCUUUUUAGCAGUCAGUCAGCUGCUAUAGAUAACCCCGUUUCUCACUUUUCUUUACAUACCUUUCCCCCUCCUCCCCCAACCCUAUGUCGGGCAAUUACCAGAUUUCAGAUCCACACACUCUGGGAAUUCUUCCCCAAUAUCUAACCUUCAUUAUUCCUGCCCUGGUCUCAGCCAAUUUUCUCUGGCUUUGGUCUGAGCUAAGAUACCCCUGCCUACCAUGGAGCACCAGUCCCAUCCUCACAAUCCUCUAAGGAGGAAAUUAUUUCCGUUUUACAGACAAGAAAACCAAGGCCAGGUCACAGAGCAAGAAUUCCAAACUGCUGCCUUGAACAAAGGAAAAAAACCCUCCUCUGAAGCCUGUUAUUUCUACAUCACAUGCUCUUCUGGCCCCGUCAAUAACCCCGAGUUUAGCUCCUGCUCCCUUAACCUGGCUCCUCAAGCCAGCCCUCUCCCCUCUUCUCCCACAAGCAGCUUCACCUUCACAGCUCUCACCCAAGACCUCUCAGCUGUGCACCAUUGAGGCCUUUCCCUCCAGCACUCAAGCAAUUUUCAGUGUAAAGAGAGAGACAUAAUUCAUCAAGUAUUUAUAUUAGAAAUGAAAACUUCAAAUCACACCUCAAGAUGAGGCUGAUUUUGAGGUGAGAAAACAAGUCACUGGGAGGUUGGGUGACCUGUGCAGUAGUCAGAGCCAGAAGGGCAACAUCUCUGGACCAUGCUCCCACC